AUGUCAGUAGAGACUGUAUUAGCAGGAGUUUCUUUAGGAAUUGGAAUUAUUCUCUUUCCUAUCUCGGUAGGAGGUAGCAUCAAAGCUUCGUAUAGGAUACUUCGUACUAGUGCUUUGAGGAACAGAUGCCUCCCUCAUCUUAUACUACUUAUCACUAGCGCCAUUACAUCAUUGACGAUUAUUUGCCUUGAAUUUAUCCCAAUUUUGCUCCUGAGUUUAGGGAUCCAUAUCCAGGUAUUGACAGUGUUAUGGAUGUUCCUGAUGCCUUCAUCAAAAGCGUUGAUGUUUUCAUCAAUGAUCUACAUAGGCGUUGAGCGAUUGAGACGCUGCCACGCUGCAUUUAUGCCAACUAGUUCCCCACUCCCAGGAUUAUUCUUUAUCGUGGUAUCCAGUUUAAGUGUGCUAACUGUGAACAUUUAUAAGAUAGCAAAAAUGAACAUUGAACACCAAUUUGAUCUUAGGGCUGGAGUUAACAUGACUGGCCCUGUUCAAAGAGACCUCGUUUUGCCUGUAGAUGAACAGCAUACGAUUAUGUAUAGCAUCACUCUUGUAGCUUUAUCCCUAAUCUACAUAUUGGCCGUCGUCUACAUUAGACGUCAGGGUAAAAGGGUUGAUGCGAAUCGAACUGUAAGCACACCCGUGUGUAGUCGCCCAGAUCCCAAUAUGUUCUACAUGUCCUCCUUACAGCGUCCUGAAAUUGUACCAAGAGAACGAAUCAGCAGUUUAGGAACAGAUGACAUGACGUGCCCAGCGUUUAGCUCGAAUGGGACACGUCUUCGCGAUGAUGACUCUGAAACUGUACGGAAGACACCCGUUGUUUCACUGCGCUCAUCAGACGAAGAGCAACCGAGCGCGACCAUAUCAUAUAUCAAAGUUGCACCAUCUUGUUAUUCAAGAUCGUCUGCCUCUAGCCAUGACACAUACUGGCCAAAAACUCCAAGAGUGAAGAAAAAAAGGCGACGAAUGGCUAAAGCAAAGGUUGUACCUUUAAAUUCUAAAAUCAAAGAAACAUCGGACAUCCCAAAGCAGGGACUUGGAAAAAUCGGAGCAGCUUUACGCAAGUUGUCCUCUGUAAGCUUGUUUUCUAUUGAUCCAAUUCUAGAGGUGUAUACAAGCCAAGAAGAAAAUGAAAUAAUGCAAAAGAUAAGACUGCGACCCCUCAGGCACACUAGGCGCAGCGCUGGGAAUGUGUGGCAUUCUGGAGAACGGGGGCUUUCGCCUGUAUAUUCCGAGACUACAAUAGGGACAGAUCAAAUUAACUCAUCACAUACUUCGACCAGUUCAACCCAUUUUACAGACCAAGUACAAUCGGCACAAGGAAGUCAAGUCACCGAUCCAACAGGCGCUGAUCAACCAGGAGACGUUUGUUAUACAUGUGGUUCGAAAACAAAGAAAUAUAACACGAGGCGAAAGAGGGGGCACAAACGAUCAAAGGUACUCAACAAACAAACCUCGAAGACUAGCAUGAGAAGCGAAAAUAGUAGAGCCUCAAAUGCGUCAUCGUGUUUAACCUCGUGCUCAGAUAGAUAUGGUAGCUCAAGAAGCAAAGAAGACUCGGGUUGCUUAGAUGAUCUUCAUUUACACAAUAGCCAUGUGGCGUCGGAUAGGAAGCGCAGUAAUAAACAUUGUAAAGUGAGUAGCAUAUCAGCAGAUAUGGAGGAAACAUCAUUUGGCGUUGGCACACACGCAGCUAAGCAAUCAAACGAUGAGUUUAUUGGGACUUGGGAACAGUUGUCAACUGAUAUUCAAAAUCCAACAUUGUUUCGAAGAGCUCAUUCUCUGGUCAAUCUUAACCCUAGAAAAUUGGAUUAUUCCACAUUAUCCAAAAGUUUUCCGUCUGAAAAUGAACCCCCAUACGAGAGUCAUACCAGUCAUUGUGUUGUCAUGGAGUCGUGUUCCACACAAACUGAUGAUCGGGUUGGGGAAGAGAAAGAUCAAAUUGCCCCUUUUAAAACCCCUUCUUCCAAAAGACCAGUCAUCAUAAAAAUAACAAGGCCUUCGCAAGCAAGUUCUGAUACAAUGAUAAAACUACCUUCAAACAAGCUUAGGAACAUAUCUGAAUAUCAUGCUGAUUCUGUAGAAAGGAGGUUAUCGAAGGUAUCUAUAGAACUCCCCUUUAGCCCAACACAUUUAAAUCGUGGCUCGUGUGGUAGUGCUUCGUCUGAUGUCGAUUUCUACCUUCAGAGUCCAGGAUCGGGUUUGUUUUCCGGGCGUAGUGGCAGCAGCGUUCGGAGCAGUAGGAGCACUAGAAGUAGUAAACGGACCAUGUCCAACACCUCGUGUACAAUUAGCAAGAAAGACACAAUGAAAUCUAUAAAAACAAGUUGUAUUUUAAUGGGCAUGUUCUUGGUGUUAUACCUUCCCCAUACCAUCAUGUUUGCAAUGUCAGAGAAACUAUCAAUGAAAGCCUGGUCAAUAAUGUGCCCGAUGGCAGUCCUACUGGAAUUCGUGGCUGUUAUGUUAAACUCAUAUUUUUACGUGUACACCAAUAGAGCCGUGAUGAGGCGCCUGAGACCUAGAUUACGGGGACAGUGAUAUAGCGCACAACAUAAAAUAUAUAAUAUACACUAAUACGGAAAAUAACUGAUCAUUUCAGUAUAAAAAAUGAUGACAUUUCUUUUAAUGGAUGGGAAAUGGAGAUAACGUUCCACAGCUAGUUUAGGGCGCGAUACUACAUCGCCCAGUCUUCGGGAAGAGAGUAGUUAAAUUAAAACCUAAGCGAAGUAGCCUCCUGAAAAAGAACUAGUCCAGUCUAUCAUUAUUAGACAGAAGAGCAUUUGCAUCCUAAAGCUGUGGCGUCUCCCCAAUCCGAAUUGAAACUGGCAGAUACGAACGCCUGGCUAUCCAAGAUAGACUUUGUGUGAUUUGCAGUGAAGAGGUCGCACUUGUGGAGGAUGAACAGCAUGUUAUAAUGGACUGUAGU